AGGAGCGUACAAAUCAACUAAAUUCGCUCCUCCCUGUCUCCAAGCCGAUCCUUUCCCCUUUUCGUAAUUUUUUUUCCCUCCACUCUUUCUUUUCCGAUCCCGCGGUUUCCUCUUCCCUCUCGGCGACGCCGCCCAGAUACCCCAGCCGAUGGAAGAGAGUAUCUUUCGGCAACUGCAGCAAACCCUAAACGACGAUCCGAACAACCCCACCCACCACUACAAUCUCGGUCUCUUCUUGUGGAAAAAGUGGGAAAGAAUAGAUGGAGAGGAAUCGAAGAAAUACAAGGAGAAGGCAGCUGAGCAUUUCUUGGCCUGUGCGAAGCUGAACCCCAGUGAAGGUGCCGCGUUUCGGUUCCUAGGGCACUACUACAGCCAGGUCUCGGCAGACGCACAGAGGGCUUCCAAGUGCUACCAGAGGGCUGUGACCCUGAAUCCCGAUGAUUUUGAAGCCGGUGAAGGGCUGUGUGAUUCGUUGGAUGAAGAAGGAAAGGAAAGUUUGGAGAUUGCUUUGUGUAAAGAGGCAUCUGGGAAGUCCCCGAGAGCUUUUUGGGCGUACAGGAGAUUAGGAUACCUGCAGGUCCAUCAAAAGAAAUGGUCAGAGGCAGUACAAAACCUUCAGCAUGCAAUACGGGGAUAUCCAGCAUGCGCCGAUUUGUGGGAAGCACUUGGUCUUGCAUACCAAUGCUUGGGCAUGUUUACUGCAGCGAUAAAGUCUUACGGACGAGUCAUUGAAUUGGAUGACUCAAGAGUAUUUGCACUGAUAGAAAGUGGGAACAUUCAGCUUAUGCUUGGUUCAUUUAGAAAAGGAGUUGAGCAAUUUCGGCAUGCUUUAGAAAUAACACCUCAUAAUGUAUCCGCACACUUUGGACUUGCUUCUGGGCUGCUUGCGUGGUCGAAUGAUUGCAUAAAUUCUGGAGCAUUUGGUUGGGGUGCUUCUCUGUUAUUGGAAGCAUCAGAAGUUGCAGAAGCGAGUAUCCGUUUAUCAGGAAAUAUAUCUUCUUCUUGGAAAUUGCAUGGGGAUAUCCAGAUCACGUAUGCAAAAUGCUUUCCAUGGGAAGAUAGAAGGAAUAGUAGUGAAUUUGAUGCGGAAGCCUUUAAAGCCUCCAUCGUUGAUUGGAAGAAGACAUGCCUUUUGGCUGCAAAUGCUGCUAAGCAAUCAUACCAACGGGCUCUACACUUAAGCCCGUGGCAGGCCAAUAUCUAUGCUGAUAUUGCAAUCUCUGUGGAUCUCAUUUCCUCCCUGGAAGAGAAAGACACAUCAGACAUGGAUGCUUGGCAACUAGCAGAGAGGAUGUCAUUAGGUGCGCUGAUUCUCGAGGGAAGUAACAAGGACUUCUGGGUUAUAUUGGGUUGUUUGUCUACAAAUCAUGCAUUGAAGCAGCAUGCUCUUAUUCGAGGAUUGCAGCUGGAUAUGUCUCUUUCUGCAGCAUGGGCAUACCUGGGGAAGCUCUAUAGAAAAUUAGGCGAAAAACAAUUGGCAAGGAAAGCAUUUGAUCAUGCUAGAAGCAUUGAUCCUUCACUAGCAUUACCAUGGGCUGGCAUUUCAGUUGACUCUCAUGGCAGCUCACAAUCCGAGGCUUAUGAAAACUGCCUUCGUGCUGUGCAGAUACUGCCUCUCCCAAAAUUUCAAGUUGGUCUUGGAGCACUUGCAAUUCCUUCUGGUCAACUACUAUCUCCUAAGGUAUUUGGAGCCAUACGCCAGGCUAUUCAGCGAGCGCCUUACUCUCCUGAGGCACAUAAUUUAAAUGGCUUGCUAUGUGAAGCACGAUCAGAUUACCAGUCUGCGAUCACUGCCUAUCAGCAAGCCCGAUGUGCUUUGCAUAUGGAGCACAAUUCAGUGGCAGACCUGAGAUCUCAUAUUGCUGAUGUGUCAGUUAAUCUUGCCAGAGCACUCAUUAAGGUCGAGUAUUUAUGGGCAGGACAUGCAAAUAAUGCUGCAGAAAUGUGUGAUUAUUUGAAGAAAGAAGGUUUGUUUGAUAGCAAGGGCUUGCAAAUCUAUGCUGUUGCAUUGUGGAAAAUUGGACAGUAUGACCAAGCUCUCUCCAUGGCAAGAAAUUUGGCUCAAAGUGUCUCAACCAUGAAGCAAACAUGUGCAGCUGCUGCGCUGGGGUUGAUAUGCAGUUUGAUAUACAGAAUUUCAGGAAGGGAUUCUGCAGUUGCAACCAUUCAAAAAUUUCCUCCUGAACUUUUACAAAGUACAAGAAUGAUGUUUACGCUCUCUGCGCUGAAUGCUCUAGACCCAAGCAAUCAGUUGCAGCUGCUUCUUCCAAGUCCUCAAAAUGUUAAAUCUCGUGAUGUGGUCACUGAGAUUUACUCCAUAAUUGCUAUCAGCAAAAUGAUCGGCCAUGGAUUAAAACAAAAUUUGGAUAUUGACGGUGGGGUGGAUUACCUGAGAAAAGCUCUUCAUUUGUAUCCCAACAGUAGUUUAAUAAGAAGCCAGCUUAGUUCACUUCUACUAUCCAGUGGAGAUUGGAUGGCUUCCCACAAAGCAGCUAGAUGCACUGCCACACCAAAUGGACACAUUGUUAAGAAAGAAUUAGAAUUGUCAUAUAAAAUUCAUGGUGCUGCAGUUGUUGCUUGCUAUGCUAGCUGUUCCAACAAUCCAAAGUUUUCUUUUCCAACCUGCAAAGACCAGCCUGCACAUGGAACAAAUGUCAUACACAGUAUGCAAAGAUGGUUGCAUCAAGAACCGUGGAACUUGGAUGCACACUACCUUCUUGUACUUAAUGUUCUACAAAAAGCUCGUGAAGAAAAAUUUCCUCAACAUCUCUGUUCUACUUUGAAACGUCUACUUUUAGUUGCUCUGUCCAAAGAAAUAUAUAUGAAGGAAAAUAAACUACAUCAGUAUCAAAAGUUUGUGCUUCUGCUCUGUGCUUCAGAGGUCAGUUUGCAGUGUGGUGACUAUCAUGGUGGUGUCAAGCAUGCUACUGAUGCAUUAGGAAUUCUUCCUCCCAACAGUGAUCCCUUUUUUGCACGCUUACAAUUGUGUCGUGCUUAUGCAGCAGGAGAGGAUUUUUUGAACCUUAAAAAUGAGUACAUGAAUUGCUUGCAGAUUAAGACAUUUAAUCAAAUUGGUUGGAUAUCACUAAAAUAUAUUGAAUCCAGAUACCAAUUGCAAAACAAUUCAAAUGCAAUAGAUAUGUACUUUCAUAUGUGCUCCACAGGGAAAGGGGCUUCCUCAAAUAUAUGGGAGGCUGUCUUUUAUUUAGCCUGUGCUCAAUCCUUUAUAUGGGAUCAGGAUUACUUACGUGCGGAACAAGCUUUAGCACAUGCCUGUGCAAUAGGAGAUGCGGAGAGCUGCCUCUUACUCUUUCAUGGUGCCGUCUCCAUGGAGCUUGCUAGGCAACAACCAGGUCCUCAAUUUUUAUCCCGUGCAGUAAGCAGCCUCACCAAGGCCCAGGAGACCUCACCUGUUCCUUUACCUAUUGUUUCCUUGUUGUUGGCUCAAGCAGAAGCUAGCCUUGGUGCAAAAGCUAAGUGGGAGAGGAACCUUCGAGUCGAAUGGUUCUCUUGGCCAGCAGAAAUGAGGCCUGCUGAGUUGUAUUUCCAAAUGUACUUGCUUGCAAGGCAGUUGAAUGCAAGCUCCAGCCAACAUUCUGGCAUAGAAUCCAUGCAAAUCCCAAAGAAUUGGGUUCUUCAAGCAGUACAUUUGAAUCCAUCUUGUCUGAGAUACUGGAAGGUUUUGCAGAAGCUUUCUGAGGGAUAGCAACUUGCUUCUCUGGCUCUAUGCGAUUUGUGCAAUUCUUUUGCAUAUCCUGUUGAUUCAAUAUAGCUGACUUGAGUUGCGCCCCUACAGUGGCUGGUGUGGAUCCAAACACUGAUUGCCAUGAUACUAGCAAAUUCCACCCAUGUGUGAGUGGCUUCUGGGUUGCGGCGACUUUUCUUGAUCUCACUGUCUGUACAUGUUAAGUUGAUUUUGUUGUACAUUAGUGUAUAUCGGAUAAAGCGCUCAUUGUAUCUAGAUUCAUGUUUCAUCGUUGCUCUUAUCUACUUUGCAAUGUUUGCCAUCUA